AUGGAGGCGGCGCCGGGCUCCGCUCCGCGCUCGGCGCACCCGCGGCGAUGCCCGCCGCCGCCGCGCACAGCCCCGCGGCGGGGAAGGGGCAGCGGCCCCGGGCCGCCCCUCGCUCCGCUGCUGCCUCCGCCGGUGCCGGCGGAGCUGCCGCGGGAGGGACGGCGGAGGGCGGAGAGGCGAUGGGGACCGCUCGGCAGCUCCGGCGACUGGGGGCGGAGCCCCGCCGAUGCGUCCCUGGGGAAGCGGAGCGCCGCGGCCGCUGGCGAUAAACCCGCCCGGUCGGCGCUGCGGUUGUUCCGCUGGGUGAACGGGCACAGCCCCUUCUCCCGACGGCCGAAGCUGCUUCGGGCUUGCCCGGCUACCCCGGCUCCCACCGCCCCCGGCACGGAGCGCGGCGGGCAGGUGGCGCCUGUCGCCCUCUCCGCACCUUUCGGCGAGGCUGAGGUGCCCCGGGACGCGGGGGCUGCCCCGCGGGGCGCGGCCGGCGCUGAGGGGCAGCGUUCGGCGGUGAGGGAGGUUUUGGCCCCUUCGUCCUUGGCUUCCCAGAUAGAAAAAAAUCGCAAUGCUAAGGAACAUGUGGAUCGUCAGAUAAACUUGUGCACUGCAGAAAUCACAGAAAAGAAGAAUCAGAUUGCUUGGUUGGAGGAAAAUAUAAAAAAAGGCAAUGAGGCACUUGCUGAUUUGCAGAAGCAGAAUGAGAGCAGCAAGAAGCACUAUGAUGCCUGGAAGCCCACCUAUGCAAUUCUUAAAAAGCAUGGAGAAUAUUUGCAAAAUGAAAUGAAAGCUUUAGAGGAAGCUACAGAAAGUGAGAGGAAAAUAUAUGAGGAUUCCAUAACCCAGUGUAGAAUGACUUUGGAGGAACACCGCAAAAAAUACACAGAAACUGCUCUUGCCCAGAAGUAUUACCGAAAAAAGGAAGAGGUUGAAGAAAUUCAAAAGAGAGUUUUGAAACGCCUUGAAAAAUACAAAUGGAAGGAAGAUGCUUGCUUGGAUAUUCUGGAGGCUGUUCCCUUUACAUCCAUAAAUGAUUGGGCUGUACACAUUGCCUCUAUGAGGAAAAAAACACAGGAAACCUUGCAGCUUGCUGAAGCUGCUGCACAGAAAACCAUGAAACUGGAAAAAGAAGCAGAAGAAUUACAAAUGAAAAUUGACUGCUUAAAAAAGAGCUUCAGGGAGACUAAAGAAGAUCAAAAUAAUUCCAAAAAGAUUGAAGGAAAAAAUCAGAAACAUCUUGCGAAGCCAGAAGAAUUUAAGGAAAGGAUGUUUGAAGAGCAUGGACAGCCAUCUUUGCCAAAGGGGAAACAUCAGCUGUAUAAAACAUUGCAUGUCCCACGCAUUCCUCGGAAAUUUGUCCAGUCUGUACAGAGUUUUAGAUUCUCAAAGCAAAGACCAGAAACAGGGAAAGAAGAAAAAGAGAAAUCAGUGGAACUUUCAGUGGUUACCAGCAGUUCCUCCAGCCUUGCAGAAAAUUUAUCACAGAUGGUUAUUGGCACUGCAGGGACUAAUUACCCACAAAUUGCCCAAGUUCCAACCAGAGUAAGCAUAAAAAACCAAGUGAAAUUCAGACUGUCAGAUCUUCCAAAGCAGUUGACUUUCAAUCAACAGUUUGAGAGUGAAAAUGCAGUAAUGGCAAGCCAGGAGGCCAAACAUGUUGAUGAAGAAGCAGAUGAGCACAUGGACUGUUCAUAUGUACCUCAAGAUAUGCACACAGGUUUUAAGCCAAAUGAAGAUAAUCCUGACAUAGAAGAAGAAAGUGCAGAACCUUUCUUAAGAGCACCUAAAACACCUGACUUAAAGGGGAAAAACCUACACUUCUCAAAAACACCUCUAUUUGACUGCAUUCAAAAUUUAGGUUGUGAAGAAGGAACAUCAAAAUCUCCUGCUUUCUUUUCUCAUAUGAACUUCUCCCAGAAGUCACCUGGCUUUAAUUUAUUUGAUUCUUCUCUGUUUGGAGCACAAAAUUCAUCUGAUGAGACAGAGGAAAAUUAUUCUAUGGGAAACCUGAACCCUCUGUCCCCACAUGAAGAUAUUGGAAGCUUCUUUGGGAAACCAGAAAAUGAGGAUGCAUUUACUUUUCCCUUCCCCUCGGAAUCAACUUCUCAUGCAUUUGGAGACGAAAAAGAUGAUGUUGGUUUUUCAUUUGUCUUUGGACAGGAUCAGAGAUCAUCACCAUCUCCUUCUGUGAAAGGUUUUCAUUCUUCCACACAAAAUACAAAUCCAUUUACAUUCUUUUGA